AUGUCCCCCGCCGUCGGCGUCGGCACCAACCGUCCUGUUGCGCCUCGCUCUUCGGCGUCUUCACGAUCAAUGCAGCCGACGAGCGCAAGUGGGACUGGGAGUGGCAGCAGACCAGAUGGGACGAGACGAGCCAACUCAUCAGGAAGUACUUCGGUCCCCCUCUCCCAGAUCGAGAAGAGCGUAACACACCUCCUUGUCGCUACCAAACAACUGCUAGAAACCCUCACACAAUGGUCUCGAGGGAACGCCACCGACACCCAGGUGUCCGAUGUCUACGUGCGCCUUGGUUACGAGUUCAACAUGGCCUGCCGUGCUUUUACCGCCAUCAACGUUGACACCUCCGAUCUUGGAAACGUGCCGGAGCUGCUGAGGAACAUCUUGGAGGCCACGUUGAGCCAGGAGGCGAGCCCGGAAAGCCUGGAGCGCUACCUUCCAAAGAUCCGCGACAUCAUCAUCAACCUUCUCCAUGGGCUGAAGAGGAAGCAGACCAGGUUAAGACAGCGACAACAGCGGGAGAGAGACAGUGCGCCUGCAGCGAGCGGUUCUGGCGAUGCUGCCACCGCCGCCAACCCUCCUGUCCCCUCCCGAACGACCAGCACCAGCACCAUGGGGAGCGCCAACUCUGGGCUUACCGCUAUGUUGAACGAGGGUCUCGCGGAAGGGUAUCGGCCAGAAAGUAUGCGAGACGACGGGCGGAGCAAUGCGGCGCCCUCUCCGACCAAGCGCUUUCUACAGCGCGAUCAGUCCCGCGGCUCCAUGAACUCGGAGCAGUCGAGUCUUUCCAGCAACACGAUGCAGAACAUUCCGGUACUCCCUCCCUACCCGGGCGACGAGACGAUUCCCUCUGGGCCUUCGGCAGGCGACUUGAGCAGCUUGGAUAACUUCCCGCCGCCACCGCCGCCACCCAAGGCUUCGCAGCAGAGCGCUCUCGCUGCUUUGCAAAGGGGAGGUGAUCUCGAAAGGCGGGCAUCACGGAGAUAUUCGGCAUAUCAGAUAUCAAAGCAUCUCGGCGCUCAGCCUGGCGGUAUUCCCAUGCUCCCGCCACAGCCGACCCCCAUACCGAACCGAGGACGCGGCGAGAUCAGGGAGUCGAUGCGGGCGAUGCAAGCGAGGGGGGAUACGGUCCAACACAAGCGCAACACCUCCAGCCAGUCGCGUAUAAAUCUGGAUUCCUCACCCAUUCGGGUUCCAAGCCGCGUCUCGGAGGAGCCCGAGGAGCUGCCCGCUGAGGGCCCCACCCCUCGCCCCGAACUGCCUGGGCCUCGGGAGGACGAGGCAUUUCGGCCGAGCGCCACCCUUACUGGACCGCCUUCCGAUCUUAUGCCAAUGAUCGAGGUGCAGGACGUGGAGCCGGAAAGGCCCCCCACACCAGCGCCAGCUCCGGCGCCGCCCGUCGCGCGUGCCACAACCCCUGAUAAACCGCCAAGCACCUUCACCGAGACGCCCCCGGCAACAAAGGAGUUGACUCUUUUUCUCCAGUACAAGUCCAAGGUCAAGAAAUUUGUGCUUUCUGGGGGCUACGAGGAGCUAUCGAUCGGGCGUUUGCAGUUGGCCUUUAUCGAGAAGUUCUCAUGGAAUACACAGCAGAACGGCGCCGACCUGCCGGACAUCUACAUCCAGGAUCCCGUGUCUGGCGUGCGGCAUGAACUGGAGGACCUGUCAGACAUCAAAGACCGCACCGUCCUGGCGCUCAACGUGGAGCAGCUGGACGAGGUCAAGAGACAUAUCGACGACGGUCUCGGUUCGCUGAAGAAGAUGAUAUCAGAAAUGAAGCAGAACGUUGACGAUCAGAGUGCCGCCCUGCAGAGGGUAUCGGAACGGCAGCAGGAGACAGCUAAGGACGUGGCUCGGCUGGCCGCCGCCCCUCCGACCAUUGUGGCAGCACCGGUCGAGUCCCCGAAGCAGGCUGGGCCCGCGUCAGCAGUGCGUAAAGUCAGCGCUGCCGAGCUCUCCGAGAUUCAAAGCUUGCGCCGCGACCUCGCCGUUCUACGGCAAACCUACUCCAACUUCCAAUCCGAAAUUCAAGGCUCCAUGUCCGCUCUCCGCUCCAAGGCCAACAACGUCAAAGUCGCCGCCGCCAACAUUGCGGUGCCCGACGUCGAGGGCGGUGCCGGCCACUCGUACGUCAUUAGCGGACGCAAGCAGCUCAAUGCCGACAGCGACCGGCUCGUCAACAAAGUCGACGACCUGCAGGACCUGGUCGAGGACCUCCGCAAGGACGUCGUCCACCGCGGCGUACGCCCGCUCCCGCGUCAGCUCGAGGCCGUCUCGCGCGACAUUGCCCUGCUCACCAAGGAGCUCAGUAAGAUGGAGGACUACAUGAAGCGAGAAAAGCCCGUGUGGACCAAGAUCUGGGAGAAGGAGCUCGAGGAGGUCUGCCAGGGCCGCGACGAGCUGCGGCUGGUGGAGGAUCUCAUUGUGGAUCUGCGCGACGACCUCGAAAAGGCGUCCGAGACGUUUGCGCUUGUUGAGCAGGCCACCAAGGAGCAGAUGAAGGAUGCCGGCGCCGGCGGCACCGGGUCGUCUGGCGGGACGAUCAUCGCCACACGGCAGUUCAGCAAAGGGUUGAACUCGAUCCGCGAGAACGCGGCGCUCGUCGAUCCCAGCGCGGCCAAGGAGGGCGUGCUGGGCGAGGUCAGGGCGCUGCAGCCGAAUCAUGAGAAUAGGCUCGAGGCGAUUGAGCGGGCCGAAAAGUUGAGGAGGAUGGAGCUUGAGAGGCGGAGGGAGAACCCGCUCAAGAAGGAGCUGGUCAACUUUGUGGAGGAGGGCAAGCUGAAGAAGAGUGGCGGCGUGGAGGAGGUGGAGCGCGCGAGGAAGGCCAAGGAUGACCGGAUUCGGAGGGAGGUGUGGGAGAGGCAGAAUGGGAUCGUGCCGGAGAACCCGGUCGGUGAGGAGGGGGACCGCGGGCAGGCGGGAGGGGAGCAGGUCAAUGGCGCGGCGGAGGCGGCGAGUGAGGAGUGA